AUGCUCUUGAGCCAGAAUGUGUCGGUGACUGGACCACUGAAUUUGUAUCCCAUGGUGCACAUCAGCCUCGUGUUUGGCAUUUCGUAUGUUGUGUCUGAUUUUUCAGAUGAACCUUGCACUUUAAAGAUGAGAUUCCGAAAUUUCCAGUCAAUCUUAUCAUGGGAAUUAAAAAACCAUUCAGUUGUACCAACUCACUAUACAUUAUGGUACACAGUCAUGAGUAAACCAGAAGACAUGAAGGUCGUCAAGGACUGCAUAAACAUCACAAGAUCGUUCUGUGACCUGACACACGUGUGGGUGAACACGACGGACAUGUAUGUCUCCCGAGUGGUUGGAUUCAGAGAGAAGGCGGAGCUGGUCAGUUGCAUGGGCUCUUUCUUCCUCGAGUCAGACAGGCCUUUGGACCCACCAGAGUUUGAGAUUGUUAGUUUUACAAACCACAUCAGUGUGAAUGUGAAAUUUCAAUCCAUCGAUCCCAGGAUACUAAGUGAAGAAGAAUUACAGUUUUACUUAGCAUUUAUCGAAGAGCAUGCAGGGAACAGUGUUAAGAGGUAUCAACCCCAAAUAACUGGAAACAUCACUGGAAAUUUCAAUUAUGUCAUCGACAAGUUAAUUCCAAACACAAACUACUGUGUAUCUGUUUAUUUUGAGCCUAAAGAUCCAAGAAAAAUUAACAGAUCUCCCUUAAAAUGUACUCUCUUUCAACCCAGACGAGAAUCAGAGUCAUCAGAAUCUGCUACAAUGGGAGGAAUAAUUACUCUGUUUUUAAUAACUGCUGUCUUCAUAAGCACUGUAAUGAUACUGAAACGGAUUGGUUAUAUAUGCUUAAGAAAUGAUUUCCCCAAAGUUUUGAAUUUUCGUGAACUGUCAGUCUGGGUGUUUCCCGAGCUGCCUCCGUUGGAAAAAGUGGCUACCGUGGAGGUCAUUCACAUCAACAGAAAAAAGAAAGUGUGGAAUUAUAAUUAUGACGAUGAAAGUGAUGCCGAAAAUGAAGCAGCUCCCUGCGUAAAUUCUGGCGGUUACACCAAGCAUGGACUAACGGGCAGGCUGUGUCCAGCUUCCACCACUUCAGCCAGCUUGGAGGACUGCAGCGACCCCAGCGCCGAGGAGCCGUACCUGCCUGAGCCCAGGGGGGAUGCUGAGACCCCCAUGGCACCAGGGCCCGGCCCCUGGCGGUCGGAAGGCACAAGUGGGGGCUACCAGGCGAGAGGGACUCUGCGGCAGGACCCCACUUCCGAGGAGGACAGCGAUUCCUCGGAGAGAUCUGAGGGCAGAAUUGUCUUCAACGUGAAUCUGAACUCUGUGUGUGUGAGAGCUCUCGAGGACGACAAGGACGCAGACGUCACCCUAAUGUCCCCGUCUCGUCCAGAAGAGACAGUCGUGCUGGAGGACCUCAACGAGACAGGAUCUAGCCUUUUGGUGGCCAGUGAAGAACGGACACAGCUGCCCUUCACCGACCCCUCUAUGGAGUGCCUGAGGCCCCAAGAUGCUCCUUCUGAUCAAAGUGACACUUCCGAGUCAGAUGUUGACAUGGGGGAUGGAUAUAUAGUAAGACAAGUGAAUCUAAAAAAAUUUAAUUAA